UACUUUUGAGUGGAGGAGAAUCUUUAAGUACAGUACCUUCCACCACUGCCUGCAAGUCAGCGUUGAGGGCAUACACUCAACUCAACACUGCGCCUGCGCUGUCCGGAAUAAUGAGCCGCUUUGGCUUCUAUUUCAUUUUCAUCUUCUUAUUAAUUAAAAGCCCGAGUUUGAUCCUCUUCUUAUGUUUCGCCAUUUAUGUUUACAUUCAUUACAGAACGCGUUAAAAAAUAAAUAAAUUCAGGUUGGAUAAAUGGAGGAAAACUGAUGACAGCUUGUGAUCUAACAGUGGCUGUAUCUUGUUUUUCACCGUGUUUGAUGCACCAGUUUACAAACACGUCAUGGACCUCUCGUCCUUGUAACUGCAAAUCUGUGUGGCGUCAGACUGAAAUGAUGGACUGUGCUGUUCCCGUCCCGGAGGUCGUCCCAAAACACCGGAGUGGACGGAGCGGCUACGAUACCGAGCAGCGAUAACACGCACAAGACGUCUGAUAAGAGUCUGUUAUAAACCAGACGGAUGCAGAGUGAAACUAUCCAGCAGACAACAGGGAAGGAGUCAACAAAACAGCUGUUCUCUGACGACACCUGACAGAGGCGGUGGUGACCCUGCCCGUGUGUAUCCUGUGCUCAGCUCUGCAGACUGUUCCCACUGAUGGGUCUCUCACUGUCCGUCUGGCUGUACAGCAGGACAGCUGACAGCCCUCCUUCAUCUUCAUCAGCUUUAUGUUCGCUGGCUGUCCCAACCUCCUCUCGUCUCAUGGUCAUUCUGAGCUCCCCCCCAGUCGCUUUGGGAGAUAGUCGCUCACACUGGAGCUCAGCCCACCGCUCUCCUCACCUCCUGCUCUCUGCCUGCAAACAUGAAGUGACACGUUCACCUGUCGAACGGAGCAGUGAUGCCGUGAGGGCAGAGAAGGGGGUGAAGAGUGGGCUUCAUGUCUGGGAGGUGGUGUGGAGCCCCGGCCACAGAGGGAGUCACGCUGUCGUGGGUAUUUCCAGGCAAAACUGUCCUCUGCAGGCCUCGGGGUACAAGGUGCUGGUGGGCGGAGACUCGCAGUCCUGGGGCUGGGAACUCAAAACCAAUCAGUUUUGGUAUAAUGGACAGAGUCUGGGACUGUACCCCAGAGAGAGGAGGAGGUGUCACACUGAGACUCAGGAGGAUUGUAGGUCUUUCACUUCACAUAUCCUGAAAGACACAGAGGGAGCAGAGACACCUCUCCCCAUCCCUGAGCGCAUCCUGCUGGUCCUGGAUGCUGACGCAGGCACUCUGGGAUUUGUCGUUGAUGGCAGCUUCCUGGGCGUUGCUUUUAAAGACCUUCCUCGUGGGGUGGAGCUGUUCCCAGCGGUGAGCAGUGUGAGAGGAGGCGCCAGCAUACGACUACGAUACCUGAAUGGUGCCACACGUGAUCCGCCCGCCCUGAUGGCUUUAUGUGGACUCUCCAUUCGUCAGUCUUUAGGGCAACAGAGGCAGAAUCAAACUGACAAACUGCCUCUUCCCCCUUUUCUCCAGCGCUACCUGCUUUCUACUCAAUAAUGUGCUCUUAGUGUAUACACACACACUCACACACUUACACACAAACACAAUAUGAAACUGUCACACCCUGGAUGGACUUUUGUGUGUUUUUUUCGGACUCCUUGUGUUUUUGUUCUUUUGACUUCCUUGGAUUUGUUAUCCUUCUGAUGCCCUCAGACCUUUUCUGUUUUAGUUGGACUUUUUGAGGGAUUCUUUCAUUUGUGUUGCAUGUGUUUCCUGGUUUUGGUUUUCUCUGUUC